AUGAUGGCUGCGCCAGGCCCCCAAAAGCGCCUCUUCCUCUACCCGGAACCCGUUCGCGCUCUCGAAGCCCCUCCCGGCCCGCAAAGGAAGCCAAACCCACGAAUCUAUGGAUGGUUACUCUUGGCGGCAGCCUUUCUUAUUGAACGAUUUGGCUUUAUCCGUACAAAGGCUUGGGAAAAUGCUGGAUUCGGAUGUCUGCGUGCAAUCUGGGACCACAUCGCCUUGACCGAACCCCGCUAUGAUCCCACCGUGUUUCCCUUUGAAGACGAUUCCGUCGCUUCAGAUAUUCGAUUGAAGAGCCCUGCGUCUCGGCAGCACGGAGACGACGAUGAGUCAUCUGUCCCUCAUGGGGUUCCGUCUGGAGGAGGACAAAACACAGUCGCACUCUACCGGUCGUUGUAUCUCUCGGGUGAGCUGACACCGCUUGACGUAGCCCGGGCUAUCCUACCUUUCAUCAGGCGCGAUACGUCGCCGCCAGGCGAGCACUCUGUGGCAUGGUUCGAGGUCAACGCCGAGUCGGUGCUUGCGGCGGCGACAGCCUCCACGCUUAGGUACAAAGAAAAGAAAUCUCUGGGUCCGCUCGACGGCAUCCCAACAGCGGUCAAGGACGAAUACGAUAUGGAAGGCUACAAAACGACCCUGGGGUCUCCGAAUGACUACACCGCACUCCAUGUGCCACGGGCAGAAGGCGAAGAUCAUGGCGACAAAACAUCUUGGUGUGUGAGACAGGUGAUUGACGCAGGAGCUAUCGUUCUGGGCAAGCUUUCUUUACAUGAAUUCGGCAUGGACACUGCCGGCUACAACAUCACAUAUGGGACGCCGAGAAAUCCAUACAAUCCGUCGUACUACCCAGGUGGAAGCUCUUCGGGAUCUGCAUAUGCCGUCGCCACCGGGCUCCUACCCAUCACACUGGGUAGCGAUGGAGGUGGGAGUAUUCGAAUCCCCGCAUCUUUCAACUCCAUCUUUGGACUCAAACCAACGCAUGGUCGACUCUCCUUUCUACCCGGCCAAAACCACAGCAACAAUGCCGCAGUCAACGGUCCCAUGGCUGGCGACAUGCGAUCCCUCAUUGCUCUUUACGACGCGAUGAGCAGACCACACCCUCGAUCGCCCUACUCCUUCCCCAGAUGCGCAACCACGCCGCGUCGAAGAACCCUUGAAAUCGACGAUGCCACUCGACCAAAGGUCAUCGGAGUCCCCGAAUCGUGGUUUGCGCAGGCCAGUCCUGUGGUCCAGAAGCUUUGUCGGAGUCUCAUCGACAGGCUGGUGAAGCGCAAGGGCUACCGCGUCGUGCCGGUUGAAAUACCCUUCACGCACGAGGGCCAAGUGGCGCACGCAGUCACGCUAUUGACGGAUGCGGCGGCGCUCGUGAGGGACACGGCGGGACUGUCGCCAGCGAACCGGAUCCUACUGGCGCUCGGGCGUACGACGCCAGCAUCGGACUACCAGCUUGCGCAGCGGCUGCGGCACGUUCUCAUGCGGCACCUCGCGUGGCUCUGGCAGCAGCACCCAGGAAUGAUUCUAGUGACGCCGGCGUCUGCCUGCGCAGGUUGGCCUAUCCGCAGCGAGCGCGAGCUCGUCUAUGGCGUGAGCGACGGCGACCAGACCAUGAAGUCGAUGGAGUACGUCUGGCUGGCCAACCUUUGCGGCGUCCCUAGCAUCAGUGUUCCGGCUGGCUUUGCCGCACCUGGCAGCAAGGAGGAGGAAACCGAUGUUGCUGAUGAGGACACGCCCGGAAAGAUUCCCGUCGGUUUGAUGGGCACGGGAGAGUGGUGCUCUGAGGAGAGCCUGUUACGGUUCGGGCUGGAUGCUGAGGAAGUUGGCGCAGAUUUGCAGUGUCUACCGCCCAACUGGGUUGAUGUAGUGGCACUUGCCAAGGCGAAAAAGGAGGAUGAAUCUGCCAAUGACUCCAUGUGCGAUGAGAGUCUCUAA